UUUAAAAAGAAGCUAUAGGGAUCCUCACAAACAUAAAUAAGCCUUCUGUUUAAAAUAUAAACCAGACAGUUGCAACUAAUCGAGUAGAACUACAAGCUUGUAGGUUUGUAGAAACAUUGCAGUUACACCAUAACAUGCUUGGUUGAUGCCUUUAUCACACUUUCACCUCAGAGACACAAUAGCGAAACACAGAGCACUUAUCAGCUGCAGAUUCAUAUACACCAAUGCACCACACCCAGCAUUUGCUUCCAUUCACAAUGCCCCAUUCAACCAACCUCUUCCCACCUUCUCCUCACUCUUGCGUGAAUUCUCCAACACCCUUAUCCAUGUCAAGUCAAUCCACGCACAGAUUAUCAAGAAUUAUUGGGUAUCAACCCAACAAUUUCAUGCCCCACAGCUCAUCAAUGCGUACUGUAAUCUGGGUUUUCUCGGUGUUGCCCGCAAGGUGUUUGAUCAAUGUUCUCACCCGGAAACCGAUCUCUGCAAUGCCAUGAUGGAUGGGUUAUGCAAGAACCAGGAGUACAGGGUGGUUUUCGAGUUGUUUAAAAUGAUGGGGUCUUGUGAUAUUGGAAUCAAUAGUUACACAUGUGUAUUUGCUCUCAAGGCUUGUGCUAACUUGUUGGAUGAUGAGUUCGGCAUGGAAAUUGUUAGGACAGUUGUUGGGAAGGGAUUCCAUUUGAAUCAGCAUGUGGGCAGUUCGAUGAUUAACUUUUUGGUAAAAUCGGGGAAUCUUGAUGAGGCGCGAAGGGUUUUUGAUGGAAUGCCUGAUAGGGAUGUUGUUUGUUGGAAUUCAAUCAUUGGGGGUUAUGUGCAGGAGGGUCUCUUCAAGGAAGCGAUUCAUAUGUUCUCUGAGAUGAUUAGCUGUGGGAUAAAGCCAAGUUCUGUGACUAUGGUGAGGAUACUCAAAGCGUGUGGCGAAAGUGGACUUAAGAAACUUGGAACUUGUGCUCAUGGUUUUCUCCUUGCAUUAGGCUUGGGCAAUGAUGUGUUUGUGCUUACUUCAUUAGUUGGUAUGUAUAGUAAUGUGGGUGACACUAACAGUGCUUCUUUGGUUUUCAAUAGCAUGUGCAGUAGAAAUUUGGUUUCAUGGAAUGCUAUGAUUUCAGGAUAUGUUCAAAAUGGUAUGGUACCUGAAUCAUUUGCUCUCUUUCAUAGACUUGUACAAAGUGGUGCUGGGUUUGAUUCAGGAACAUUGGUGAGCCUUAUUCGGGGAUGUUCUCAAACAUCUGACUUGCAAAAUGGAAAAGUCCUCCAUGCUUGUGUCAUUAGACAUGGUCUUGAAUCAAAUCUAGUUUUGUCCACUGCAAUAGUUGACAUGUAUUCUAAAUGUGGUUCCACAAAGCAGGCAACUAUUGCUUUCGGAAGAAUGGAAAAAAGGAAUGUUGUUACUUGGACUGCUAUGCUGGUGGGUUUAUCACAAAAUGGCUAUGCGGAGGAUGCCCUGAAAAUAUUUAGUCAGAUGCAAGAAGAAAAUGUGGCUGUGAAUUCUGUCACUCUUGUUAGUCUUGUGCAUUGCUGUGCUCACUUAGGAUCUCUCAAGAAAGGAAGGAGUCUCCAUGCUUAUUUGAUCCGGCAUGGUUAUGCAUUUGAUGCUGUUAACAUGUCAGCCUUGGUUGAUAUGUAUGUCAAGUGUGGUAAAAUUCACUCUGCUGAGAAGUUAUUCAAUAAUGGAUUUCAUUUAAAAGAUGUUAUACUCUGUAACUCCAUGAUUAUGGGUUAUGGAAUGCAUGGUCAUGGACAUCAUGCACUUGGUGUCUUUGAUAGAAUGAUUGGGGAGAGGCUCAAGCCAAAUCAAACUACAUUUGUUUCUCUGCUAACAGCUUGCAGUCACUCAGGCCUUGUUGAAGAGGGUAAGAGUUUGUUCCAUUGUAUGGAAAGAGAUCAUAACAUUAAACCUAGUGACAAACACUAUGCUUGUGUUGUGGAUCUUCUUAGUCGAGCAGGCCGUCUUGAGGAAGCAGAUGCAUUGGUGAAACAAAUGCCCUUCAAACCCAGCACUGAUGUGCUUGAAGCUUUGUUCAGUGGUUGCAGAACCCAUAAGAAUAUUAAUAUGGGGAUACAAAUUGCAGAUAAAUUAAUUUCUCUAGAUUACUUGAAUACUGGAAUUUAUGUAAUGUUAUCUAAUAUAUAUGCCGAAGCAAGAAGAUGGGAGUCCGUGAAUCAUAUACAACGCCUCAUGAGGAUACGGGGCUUGAAGAAAACACCUGCAUAUAGUUUGAUUGAAGUAGGCAACAAGGUUUACACAUUUUUUGCUGGAGAUGAUGCCCAUCCUGGCUGGGAAGAAAUUAAUCAGUUCUUAGAAAAUUUGAGGCUUGAGGUGGAGGCUUCUGGUUAUGUUCCUGACACUAGUUGUGUUCUUCGUGAUGUAAAUGAAUCAAUGAAGGUUAAGUUGCUCUGGGGACAUAGUGAGCGUUUAGCUAUUGCAUUUGGUCUGUUAAGGACACCUUAUGGAAGCUCGAUUAGGAUCACAAAAAAUCUUCGUGUCUGUGUUGACUGUCAUAGUGUCACCAAACACAUAUCAAAAGUAGUUAAGAGGGAAAUAAUUGUCAGGGAUGCUAAUCGUUUCCAUCACUUUGUUAAUGGUGAAUGCUCAUGUAAUGAUUACUGGUAAUGAGGACAUGCUGAGAACCAGUGGCCAAGUGGCCAAAGCUACCGUAAUGAGGAGAUUAAUAUACAGGGUUGGUUGAUGUCACAUUUCUUGGAUCCAUUUCUUUCUGAUUUAGGAAAUUCAUGUUUGCUUACAUCAUUAAACAUAACCAACCACUCAUUUUUUGUUAUGUGGUGGUGUUAGAACUGGUACCAACAGAACAGAGACACCAAAGUAGUCAAACUGGUUCGCACCCUCUCUUAGGAAAACAGUCGUGAGUCAAGAGGGAAAGAAAACUGGAAACGUUUAUUAUCAGAAAACACUCUUGAGAAGAAUUACAACUGGACACCAAUAGCCAGCCACCAAAUCCUAAUUUUCCCAAAAGCUGCCCAAUAGAGGUACAGCCACCUCUAUUUAUACUUAACCCAAAAACCCUAAUAAAACAUAAUAAUAAAAUAUUAAACUAAUGCUGACUGAAUAAUAAAAACAUAAUGCUGACUAGAUAAA